AUGUUGGAGAUAUUCAACAAAGAUUUGGUUCAACCACCUCGGGAGCUAAAUAACCCGGCGGCAUCGAGUUCUUCUGCGAAGCCCAGACUGGGCCAGAGCCCAUUGUCCAAGGCCCUUUACGUGUUGAAGAAACUGCCUCUUCUUUUCUUCUUCCCUCGAGCAGCCGCCUCACCACCCAAGCUUUCACAAGAGAUUCUGAAGAGUUUUGUUUCUCAAUCUAGCAAUGCCUUCUCCAUCAGCUUUGAAAGCGCAACGUCUUUUGCUUAUGUUACACCAGAGAAACCAUAUUCCAUUCAUCAGAGAUAUUGGUGUUGUAUGGACGAUAUAUACUGCAUUUUCUUGGAGAACCUGAACAAUCUAUACACUCUCAUCAAGGAGUAUGGCCUAUCAAAGGGCACCAACGAGGCCAUGUUCUUGAUUGAGGCCUACAGGACUCUCCGUGACCGAGGCCCAUACCCGGCCGAUCAGGUUCUCAAAGAUCUGGAUGGAAGCUUUGGAUUUGUGGUCUAUGAUAACAAGGCAAAAACUGUUUUUGUUGCACUAGGGGCAAAAGAAGAAAUUAAACUCUGCUGGGGCGUAACAGCAGAUGAAUCUGUAGUGAUUUCUGAUAAUUUAGAGGUAAUAAAAGCAAGUUGUGCCAAAUCAUUUGCACGAUUCUCUGCUGGGUGCAUGUUCCGCAGUGAGCACGGUGGGUUUAUGAGCUUUGAGCAUCCAACCAAGAAAAUGAAAGCAAUGCCUAGGAUUGACAGUGAGGGGGUCAUGUGUGGGGCCAACUUCAAGGUCGAUGUUCAAUCAAGGAUCCACAGCUUGCCACAUGUUGGCAGCAAAGCCAACUGGGCAAUGUGGGGCUCACAUUCUGAUCGAUCAAGAGUACUGUUAGAACAUAAAAAAACGUGA